UAUUUGUAAACGGUGCAUCCGGAAGAUGGACCAUCACUGUCCCUGGGUCAAUAACUGCGUGGGUGAAAAGAAUCAGAGAUACUUUGUGCUUUUUACUAUGUAUAUUGCACUGAUUUCUGCCCAUGCUCUUGGCCUCAGCGGGAUGCAUUUCUUCACAUGUAUUAAGGUCCAGUGGAACGAGUGCAGUGACUUCUCUCCAGGGGUGUCCGUGUUGCUCCUGAUCUUCCUCUGUCUCGAAGCCAUCCUCUUUCUCACUUUUACAGCUGUAAUGUUUGGCACGCAGAUUCACUCCAUCUGCAAUGAUGAGACGGAGAUUGAACGUCUAAAAAACGAGAAGCCGACGUGGGAGCGUCACAUGAGAUGGGACGGGAUGAAAUCUGUGUUUGGGGGUCCACCGUCUCUUCUGUGGUGUAAUCCCUUCACGGGAUUGCGUCUGCGGCGCUUGUUGCUGUUGAGCUACGGUCGCCGUGGUGGCUCUGAGUUUUCUGUCUGA